AAGUCCUGAAAAUUGGGAGGUUGUUCUCCGCUCCUGGCGUAUGGUGUUAGCAGUUACUAGACUUUGUUCAAAAAUCUUCUACUUUGCAUGCUAUUCCCGCCGGGAUGGUCAAGAUGAAGUCGAAAUUCGGUGCUUUACCAAUGUGCUGGUCCGGAAUGCGAAGCCGAGUAGUGCAUAUUGGCGCGGAAGUGGAUCCUAGUGCUCGCAUAGAUGUGGAGACCCCACUGUGGAGCGAUAACUUUCUAUUUCGGCCCAGAAAUACCCGGAUGGAGCCGGUACGCUAAUGGUCUAAACACUGACUCGAACUCUUCCUGUAAGUGGCAAUC